GCUGGGAGCAGCUCACACACACAUUUAUAUGCACACGCAUUGACUGACUUACACACGCACUUCAGCAUCUAACCACAAAGCAGCUGACCUUACAACAAAGCAGCACAAAGGAGAGUGAGGUGAAAGGAGAGGAGACAGCACUGAGUCAGAGGAGAACAGUGAGUAACUCUGCUGGAAACAAUCCAGAGGACAGGAGAACAGGAACAAGUGAAGAGGACAAUUACGCAGUAUAGAGAGGAGAGAAAGAGGACCAUUUGAUUGCUUACAGACGGAUAGCAGAGUCCAGCCAGAACCAGAGAAUGGAGACCUCACGGACAGACCCAUGGAGACAGAGUCCUGGAGAUGGUACUCUGUGAGACGCCUGCCUUCAUCUCUCUAGAUCACUCUGUCUACAUCUGGCUCAUCAUUGCAGCAUUCAACAUAGCCACAGCACUCCUCCGCCAUGCCCCUGUUCAGCUGGAUGAAAUGGUUGCGUGCACGAGAAAAGGCGCAGGAUGAAGGGGCGUCCACAGGGUUAUCACCCAGCUGCACACUGAUCAGGGAGCUGCUGUGGCACGUGGAGGAGAGGGAGUGCAUGGCGCGGGAGGUGGAGCAGGAACACAAGCUGACCCACAACACCACAGGAUACCCCCACUGGCUCCACAGCUACCCCAGUUUACGCACACUAAUCCCCGCAUCGGAGCGCCGCCAGCUGGAGCUCUUGUGUGCCCAGAUCCACCCUAUGCACACCGCUACAGUGCUCUCCAGGUUCCGUGACGUGCUGGCCAGCAACAAGAUCCUGCCCUGGGAGCUUGUGUACGUCUUCAAGCAGGUGCUGAGAGACUUCCUCAAUAAAGAGGAAGGGGAAGAAGAGGAGGAUCACAUGCCGGAGCCAGAACUGCUUGGGCCAAUGGAGGCCUGGACCAACAGAUACCAAAUGAAGCAGGGAUUUGUCACACCUACUGUGCCCAACUGUGGUGAGCCCCAGAGAGAAGAGAUCCCAACCAUCUCUGGCUAUGUGGACCGUACCAUGAGAGGCUCUUAUCCUUUCACUGCCCAUAGGGUCUGGGACCUUCCCUACUACUACCCAGUGCCACACAACUCCACAGAAGCCUACAGCACCCCACUGUGAGAGCGGGUGGGGUGGUAAAGUAGUACCCAACUCAUGACCUUACUAGCUUCUAUCCUUGUUAGGUCAUGACUGAAAGAGUUGUCAUCUUAAAAAAACAUGUUACAGAUUCAUUUUAAUUAAUGGGACUGCAACAAAAUCUUGCCCUGGACCAGCACUUGCAUGGGGGCAGAUUCAUACAUGCGGCAGGGUAGCCUAGUGGUUAGAGCGUUGGACUAGUAACCGAAAGGUUGCAAGUUCGAAUCCCCGAGCUGAUAAGGUAAACAAAUCUGUCAUUCUCCGUCAUUGAAAAUAAGAAUUUGUUCUUAACUGACUUGCCUAGUAAAAUAAAGGUAAAAUAAAUUUUAAAAAAUAGAUACUGCUAGCUAACUGGACUGGGGGUGCAUCUCAAUAGACUACUCGGUUACUCUAGCUACUUACUGUAACUUAGAAAGCUACUGAAUUGCACUGGUUUAAUAAAUCAACCCGUGCCUAGGAAUUUUGGCACCUGGCUAGUUAGCUACUUUACUGUGUUAGUAUUACUGUAGUCGCUAAAUAAUGCUCAUAUUUACUGAAAAGUAUGUAGCUAGCUAUGUACCUAACUAAAGCAACGUUCCUUUCAUAUGUUAGCUAGCCAGCCAACAAAUGUGAACAUGUGUGAAAGUUUCUAGGUUACAUCCAAUUGGCAAAAGAUUCCCACCAGAUUUUUCUACCAAAUUGUAUUGUUUUUUUAUUUUUUUAUUUUUAUUAUUAUUAUUAUUAUUAUUAUUUGUAAACAACAAAUCAAUACAUAAAGCACAUGAGGGAACACAAGCAUACAUAGAUUACAAACAAUAGA